CUUCCUCAAACAACAAUUCGAAAUAAAUACGGCCGUUCUUAACAUCUUUCUCUUUUUAGCUACAUCGGGAUCGAAAACAAUAUGGAAUUGGUAUAUUUUGAAAUUGAAAUUAACAGCGUUUUAGGAUAAAAAUAGUAUGCCCCAAGUGUUAUUGUCAGACAAUGACGUUAAGUUGAUUGAAAGUUUCACUUCAAAUUGACGGCAAGUUUUUCUGUCAAAUUACAUUCAGAUGACGAUAGUUGGUUUACAUCAAUUAGCACGCAAGUAUUAUCCAGCCAAGGCUUACUAGAAACUUGUCGUUAAAUUAGCCGAAAAUGUUUCACUGCAGAACUGGCUGAGCAAUUAUAUUUCAAGUGUGGCUAUCAGGAUAAGAAACACGGGACUACUGAUGGGUGAAUUUGACUGUUGGUUGAGCUCAACUGGCUAUUUGGGAUACAGCUUUUAUACAUAUAUGUAUACGUUAAAAUGACACUGUGGCAGUAAAUAGAAAUGCAAAGAACUAUUGCAUACUUAUUUUUAUAACUUUUUUAGUAAAAUCAUGUAAUGCAUGUAAAUCAAAGAUAAAUUUUUUAGUUCAUCACUCAUUCAAAAGUCGCCCAUUGGAAAGAAAUAUUUGUAGUUAAUUUUUGCUCAGAGUAUAGGCAUGUUUCCAGACCUGUUAAUACGGUCCUGAUAUGAUAAACGUAUAUAAUAUAAAUAUGUUGUUUCUUCAUUUUUUGAGAAAAGUAUUUAUAAUUGGUACAAAACUUAAGUGUGAAAUUUUUCUAAACAGUAAAUGUACGGCUAUAUUCUUAACAAAAAAAAAUUUAUUUUUAGUUAAAACUAAUUUUAUUCAAUUGAAAAAAGUUUGGGAAAAAUUAGAAAUAUGAAUUUAUUGUUUAGGAUUGACUAAUUUUCGAGUAAUUUAUCAAUCAUUUCUAAGCGUACAGGUAACAGGUCGCUCCAUUAUGAGUUUAAAAAUGGUGAAAAAAUUUAGUCAUUUCUCGAAUAAAGUCACUCCCCGAGUAUGUAUUGUUGGUUCGGGUCCAGCCGGUUUCUAUGCUUGUCAACAAUUGCUUAAGUUAUGUGCAGAUGUGCAUGUUGAUAUACUGGAACGUUUACCGGUGCCAUAUGGACUAGUCCGUUUUGGCGUCGCUCCUGACCAUCCUAAAGUAAAAAAUGUUAUCAAUACAUUUCAUAAAAUUGCGAAAAAUUCUCGUGUAAAUUUCAUGGGUAAUAUCAAUGUAGGUGAAGACAUAACAGUGGAGGAACUGAAAAAUAAUUAUCACGCUGUUUUAUUGGCUUACGGUUCUGAUCAAGACAAAGUACUUGGUAUUCCUGGUGAAACAUUAAAUAAUGUUAUUUCUGGACGUCAAUUUGUUGGAUGGUACAACGGAGUACCUUUUGAUAAAGAUUUAAAAGUUAAUUUAGACACUGAAGAGGCUUUAGUAGUUGGGCAAGGAAAUGUUGCAUUAGACAUCGCUAGAAUUUUAUUAACGCCAAUCGACGAAUUAAAGAAAACAGAUAUAACAUCGUACGCUUUAGAACAAUUAUCUCAGAGUAGAAUUCGAAAAGUAUGGCUAGUUGGUCGAAGAGGACCCUUGCAAGCUGCUUUUACAACUGCUGAACUACGUGAAAUUUCAAAAAUGCAGAAUUGUACAACCAUGUGGCGAUCUGAGGAUUUUCAAGCUAUUGAGGAACAUCUCCUUAAUUUGCCACGUCCGAAAAAGCGAAUGAUAGAACUAAUGCUCAAUAAUUUAUCUCACACAACAUUUGCUAAGGAGAAUUCAACUAAAAUGAAAAUACUCGCACCAAUUUUUUUCAGAAGCCCAAAAGAAAUAAUUGGCACAAACUUCGUUCAAAGAGUUAUACUUACUAAAAACAAUGUUACUGGUGAUAACUUUCUUACCGCAAGAGCAGUACCUACAUGUUUUGAAGAAGAAAUAUCAUGUGGUUUAGUUAUUAAAAGUAUUGGAUAUAAAUCUGUACAAAUCGAUAAAGAUAUUCCAUUUGAUCAAUGCGUCGGUCGAAUAAUUAAUUCUUAUGGUAAAGUCAAAGAUAAUCUUUACGCUGCGGGAUGGGCUGCUACCGGGCCUACAGGAGUUAUUCUUUCAACAAUGACAAACGCGUUUCAAAUUGGAAAUUUGAUAAAUCAAGAACUUGAUCUAAGUCACCCCAAAGUAGGUACUAAGAGACUUAUUGAAAUUUUUAAAGAAAAAAAUGUAGCCAUUGUUAGGUUUGAAGAUUGGGAGAAAAUUGAUAAAGUUGAAUGUGAACGAGGAAAAAUCUUAGGAAAACCAAGGGAAAAGAUAGUUGAUAUCGCAGAAAUGUUAAAAAUAGCACUAAGUUGAAAAUGAAACGAAAAAAAAAAAAAUAAUAAACACAAAUAUUUUUCCACAUUCUAAAAAAAAAAUAUAAUUUCUAAUUUUCAUAGUCACUCAACUUUUCGGGCUUAAUAAAUUAAAAUUCAAACAGUUUUUUAUAAUAUCCCGAUGAAAAAAGUUUUUGUCUAAUUAUAUAUGAUUAUAUAUGUUCAUAUAUAUAAUCAUAUAUGAUUAUAUAUAAUCAUAUAUGAAGUUAUAUAUAAUCAUGCAUGAUUAUAUUUGGGGUCAAAUAUAAUUAUAUAUAAUUAUAUAUGACCCCAUACAUAUCUAGAUCUGAUCAUACCUGGCUGUUAUUAGCCCAUAUAUAAGUCUAUAUAUGAUUAGAUCUGAUCAGAUCUGAUUAUAUAUGAGUCUAUAUAUAAUUAAAUCUGAUUAGACAUGACUGAUACAAAUCCAUAUAUAAUUAGAUCUGAUCAGACAUGGCUAAUAUAAAUUCACGUAUGGUCGUGCAUAAGUUUAUACAUGAUUGGAUCUGAUCAGACAUGACUGAUAUAAAGUUAUAUGUAGUUAUAUAUAUAUAUAUAUAUAUAUAUAUAUAUAUAUAUAUAUAUAUAUAUUACAUAAUAUGACAAUUUUUUAAUAUAAAUGUUAUUAAAUUUUUAUUUUGUCAACUAUCAAAUAAAUUUAAAUUCCCAAUACUUAAAAAAUGUUCAAAGGUUUCGGCAGCAAUUCAAAAGUAGUAAUCGAUAUCGAUUUAUAUACGAAUAUUUAUAAGUUAAUAGAUAAAUAGAUUUGAUUAUACGUAUCUAAUGAAUUCUAUUGUAAUUUAUGUACAAAAUCAAAUUCAUUAUUAGGUGCAUUAUUAACGUAUGAUGUAUCGACUUGUUUAUUUGAGUUAAGUAAUGCCAUAAACUUUCCUUUAUUGUAAGUUCAUAACAGACUAGAGGAUCAGAGUACAAUCCAGCGAUCACUAAGGUUAAGCAGCAUCGGCGUAGGUCAUUGAUUGGAUGGGUGACUUCGAAGUAAAGUGGUGGUCAACGAAUAGUAUUUUUUUUUUUUUUUUAAUUAAAUUUAAUCGAUAUUUAUAUUGAUGAAAACAAUAAAUCCUAAUUAAAUUACCCUGCUUAAAAAAUCCCAUAGAUUCUUAUAGCUGUAUGUAUAAGACCCUAUACUUAACUAUAGCAUUUCUCAUAGAACUCAUUAAUUCUUAUAAAAUCUCUAUAGGAAUGGAUGAGAAUUUAUUGGAUUCUAUGAGAUUUUCUAAACAGGGUACUUAAUUAAUAAUUUAAAGGUAUUCUAAAUGAGAUUUUAAAAAUGACUAUAUUCAUUCAUGCAUGAUCAUGUAUAAAUAGAUCUGAUUAUAUAUAAUUAGACCUGGCCAAUUUUUGGAUCCAAUCAUUUAUAGAUAAUUAUGCAUAAUUAUAUAUGAUUAGACAAAAACUUUUUUCAUCGGGUAUUUACAACUCCCAGAAUUUAUUAAUCCUGAUGAAUAUGGUUUUAAAUAAAUGGAUCUAAUUAUGUACGUAAGUCUUGGUAAUAAUAAUAUCCUUUGAUAGGGUAAUUGUCAUACUAUAACUCAGUGAAAAAUAGUCGUAGAGUAAAAAUAAAAAAAGUAAAUUGUAGCUUCAAGUUUCUAGUUUUUAGAUCCAGGCGUAACUCGGUGCCAAAUCGUUGUAGAGACUUUUUGAGGUCCGCAAUUAAUGGAAAUAAAAUUUUCUAAGAGUCAUUAGGUCAAAUUAUCAAAAAAAAUUUAUUGAAACCCAUGGACUUGUUGGAAGACGGGCAAAAAUUGGGAAAUUUUUUUUUUCAUCCGUUUUCUAAGAAUUGCUCCAGAACCGUGCAUGAUAAAAAAAUUGAAGCCUGGAUCUAAAAACUAGAAACUUGAGGCUACAAUUUACUUUUCUUAUUUUUACUCUACGACCAUUUUUCACCAAGUUACAGCAUAUUGAAAAUCACCUAAAAAUUUAGAAUUUUUUUUAUAUCCCUUAAUAUUUGUGACCAGUCUAGUUACACUUAAAAAAUGUAAUAAAUAAAAGUGAUUAUCCUAAAUGUGCCUCAUUGUUUAUUUCAGUAUCUCCCGCCAAGAAUUGUACCAAAUUCUUCUUGAUUAAAAAAUCUUUUAAAAUCCGAUAGAUUUUCAUAAAUUCUCAUUAAAAUAAACUGCUCUGAUAUAUAGAACGGAGGUUUUAAGAGGUGGAAAGAAAUUAAACCUCUUUGUAAAUUACAAAGAAAGCUUAACGCUUGCGUUCAUUUCAUUUUUAAAGUUAGUAGAUUUGAGCACAUUACAUCAUAUUAUCGCAGACUAGGUUGAAUAACUCUGAAAACUAGGAGAAAUUUCUUUUUAUCUUGGUUAUUAUAUAAAGUACUAUAUAUGAAUCAGGGUCAAUUAUUCGAUAAUGAAUUAGUCUUUCUGCAGCUGAUACUGUGUAGGGGAGAUGUAAGGCAGGACUUUACGUCUGCCUACCAGUCAUCUUGCUUUUUAUGAUAAAUCAUUUAUUGUAUCUGCGAUUCGUGUUUAGAAUACACUUCCUCCGAGCCUUACAUCUCUCCCUACAUUUAUGGAAUUUCGCAGUGCUGUAUACAAUUAUUUUUUUGAACUAAAAAGCUCGAAUUGAAAUGCACUUGACGAUGGAACUUAUUCUUACGAUUAUAUUUAGUGUUAUCUUCAAUUUUACCUUUAUUAUAAUAAUUAUUUUUGUUUUAUAUGAUCAAAUAUUGUAAUUAUAUAUACAAAACUAAUGUAAAUAUUUUGUUUUUGAACGGCCACAGGAGAUCGAGAUCUCAUGGUCGAAUAAAAUUUAUUAUCUAUCCUGAAUUGAAGGUUGAAAUGAGGUUCAAUUUUUUGAGACAUCGAGCAAUGUAAAUCAAGUUGCGAUAACCGACGGAAAACGAAGAAAUUUUUAUUGUAAGUUCAUGAAAACACUUUAAUUAUAAUACUAGCAGUUUCCUGUUUAUUAAUUUAAAUACAUAAAUUAAUAAAUUUAUAAGAUAUUAU